GCGGCGCAGAUAAAGAUGAAAACUUUAUCUGUUUUCAAUCAAAAUAGGACCAUUCGAUUCCUCGUGAUCAGAGCAACAUUUCUAUAUAUUUUGCUUUUAAAAAAUUUCAACUUUGUCCGUCAAAAAACCUUUUUUUCUUUGAGGGUGUAAAAAACGCCGUGUAUUUGAAUGGACCUGCCAUAAAUGAUCUCAGACUAAUAAAGGCAAGUCAAAAGGCUUGAUUGCAGAAAAAAGAAACCACGGUUCCGGUUCUUCACGAGAAUCGAGAACCGAACAUUCUUAUGCAAGAGGAGUGAGCCGGUUACCUUCCGAUUGACUAUCUGUUGCGGAUAUAAGUGCGAACACUGCAAACAUCUUAUGUAGAAAGAUUGUCAGGAAGAAAAUUUGCUUACAAAAAAUGGCAUUUAUGAAGUUGAGAGGAGGGUCAAAUUUCAGAAUCAGAAUAAAAGAUUCAUUCCUACACGUUGUCUUCUGGAGUUUUUGAACACUAUAUAAUCGAAAAAUCUCUAAGGUGAGCAUUUCAUUGUCAUAGACAUUACUCUAGCUAAUCAUUUCUCAUGACUUCAUUAAUGGUACAAACAGGUGAAUAAAGAAGUUGAUACGCUGUUGCAUGACGAAAGUCAAGGGAUUGAAAACUCAAAAAAUGUAUCGAGAGUCAAAUGUCGUGUCGAAAACGAGCAUAAUCAGUGCUCUAAUCUAAAUGAUUCAAUUAUUUUACCAGUGUAAAAAAUGUAUUUGAUAAAGGCUUCUGCAUUCUAUUCGAUUGCUUGAUUCGUCAAUUUUUUCAGAAAUUUUUAUUUGUGAAAACAAAAUUAAAAAAUCAACUUGUUUUAUCAAAUAUAAGGAACACCUAACAACUCUAAAAAAAUGAGUUUGAAAUAGGUUCGUUCGCAGUAGUUAUGAGUUAUUUACCAAGAUGAUCUAGUUCGUUUUACCGAUUUUUUGCAGAGAGAUUACUUUUAAUCCAGCAUAUAAUGAUAUUCUUGUUCUAGGAAAUAUCAACAUUAGAAUCAAGUCUACCAAAUGAAUUGUAUGACUUUAUUUUUCUCUAUUUAAAAUCUAUUGAUAUUAUUUAUUCAUUUUUCAAUUUAAAUGAUCGUUUUAAUAAUCUUAUUUAUCCAUUUUUAUGUGCAGUAGAUUUAUCCGAUGUCGAUCAGUGUAUGUUGAACAAAUAUUAUCAAACAAUUUUACCAAAAGUUCAACAUUAUAUCAAAGCAAUUAAAGUUAAUGAUAAAAAUGUUGACUCCGUUUUUCCAUUAUCGUUAUAUUCAAAAAUAUAUCCGAAUCUCGAAUCAGUUUUUAUAACGAAAGUUGAAAAGGAUGGAAAAUUUUUAUCAUAUUUAAAAUUGUUUAAACAAUUAUUAAAUUUAAAAAUUUAUUUUAAUGUAGGAGAAUUUAACGAAACUGUAUCAAAUGAAUUCUGUUCAAAUCUAUUGCAAAAUGAUUGUCGACUACAAACAUUAGUUUUCGAUAAUGUUUACGUUUCCAUUAAUACUCAUAUCAGUCAACUAUGUUUUUCUAUUAGAAACUUGACAAUAAAACUACAUUCUCUCCAUGAUGUAUAUCUUCUGUUAAACAAUUUACCUUCAAUCGAAUAUGUAAAUAUUCAUAUACCGCGGAUUAUAGGAAGAGAGGAGCACCAACAACAAGAACAAAAUGACGUCCAAUUUAAUUAUGAUAAAAAUAUUCCUUGGACAUUAUCAAAAUUAAAACAUUUUGUAUUCUCCUCUAUUUAUACUGCUAAUUAUGAUUAUUUAGAAUUGCUAUUAUCUCAUUGUUGCUGUAAUCUAGAGCGUUUAUCAUUGGAUUUAUAUAGUAAUGAAUUUAUUGAUGGUGAACGUUUAGAAAAAAAGUUAUUAUCAAAACUAACAAAACUGAAAGUAUUUCAUUUUUGUUUUCGUAUUCCAAUUCUUGAUAACACAUUGAACAUAGACGAUUAUAUCCAAACAUACAAAUCGUCUUAUUGGAUUAAUAAUCAUCAUUCGAUUUUAUGUUUUAAUCAACCGCUACAUAAUCAAUAUUAUUGUGUAUUUUCAUUACCCUAUGUGUUCUAUAGAUUUUCUCAUGUUACAAAUGAUCUCGUUAAUUAUCGAUCAAAUGUCAAUGAUGACAUUUUGUUAUACAGUAACAAAGCGAAAGAUAUCACUUUCUGUGGUGAAGUUUCGUUUACAUUAGAAUUAUUCCAAAUUAUUCAAAAGUCAUGUUUAAAAGCAACAGAACUAACAUUUAUUGAAGCUUCUGUUCGUUUUUUCAGUGAUAAUUUAAUGAAUAAUGAAUUGAUAUUGAAAAACAUCGUUUCGGUGUGGUUGUUUCUCGAUCAAUUGGAAUAUAAAUAUUUCAGACGAUUAUUAUUAAUGACACCAAACAUUCUAAGAUUAUACUUACUACAGCGCUUACUGUUAGAUGUAAUAAGAGAAUCACAAAACAAACCAAAUGCUUUUCAACAAUUACAAUCAAUAUGUAAUCCUAUCAGACAUGUCUUUAUUGGCAGAGCUCCAUUCGAACACGAUGCCUUAAACGAUAAUGGUAUAAAACUGUUAUUUCCAAAUGCUAAACUUUCAGGAUGGAGAUAA